AUGUUUGCUUCCAAUCACUUGGCAAUCUUGGCAAACUUUGCCGCCUUAUGUGCAGCACAAUCUGCAAUCACUGUCAAUGUUAAUACCAGGUAUCAGCAGAUUGACGGCUUCGGCUUUUCUCAAGCAUUUGGCCGCGCCAGCCAAUUCCAGAGUGCCAAUGCUAGCACUCAAAAGCAAGCUUUAGAUUAUCUGUUCAGUACCACUACUGGUGCUGGCUUUAGCAUCAUCCGCAACCGCAUCGGAUCAGGUGGUUCUGGGGACAGCAUCGAGCCAAAUAAUCCAGGCUCUCCUUCUGCGACACCGAGUUAUGUAUGGGAUAACAACGAUAGUGGCCAAAUAUGGUUUACAAAACAAGCUGUUUCUUAUGGAGUCAAGACAAUCUAUGCUGAUGCAUGGGGUGCUCCGGGGUUUAUGAAAACCAGCGGCUCAGACUCGUCCCCUGGGUAUCUUUGUGGCACUACAGGCCACUCGUGCUCAUCUGGAGACUGGAGACAAGCGUAUGCAAACUUUCUUGUGCAGUACGUCAAGUACUACGCAUCAGCGGGCUACACGAUCACGCAUCUAGGGUUCUUGAAUGAGCCGGAUUUCCAGCCCUCAUACUCUCAGAUGCAGAUCAGCUCGAAUGCCCAAGAGGCUAUAUCAUUUAUACCAAUUCUGUAUAACACAGUCAAGGCUGCUGGCCUUGGUACCAAGAUCACUUGCUGCGACGCAGUAGGCUGGACCGACCAGAGCACUUAUACGACAAAUCUAGUCAAUGGGGGCUCAACUCAAUAUCUUGGUGUAAUCACCUCUCACUCGUACAGCGCAGACGCCACUUCGCCACUGAGCCAGACCACGCUGCCGAAAUGGAACACUGAAGGCGGACCCAGCACAGCAUUCGUUACCACAUGGUAUGGCAGCGGCGGCACCAACGAAGGCUUCACCUGGGCCAAUAAGUUGGCUGUUGCGAUGGUCAACGCACAGCUCUCGGCGUAUCUUUUCUGGGAAGGCUUUGAGAUCCAACAAUCACAGUCAGGCAGUCACUUGGUCGAUGCUCUCGAUGGGAAGACAGCUACGCCAUCGGGUAUCUUCUGGGCAUUCGCCAUGUGGUCCCGAUACAUUCGUCCUGGGGCCUAUCGUGUUGCCACUACAGGAUCCAUAUCGAACGUUAUAAUUGGCGCCUUCCAGAAUACCGACAAUUCCGUAAUUCUUGUCUUUACAAACAGUGGAACUUCGGCACAGUCAGCUAAAGUGUCUUUUACUGGAUUUUCUCCAUCUUCUGCCGCCGCAUACGUCACGGACAAUACUCAUACCUUUGCAACUACGUCCGCGACAUUAUCUGGCGGAGCCAUCACGGUUUCUGUGCCUUUGCGAGGAGUCGUCACCGUAAAAUUGACCUAG